AUGACCCCACCGCCUUCACCGAGCCCUCAGCUCCCGAGCCCAGUGCAGCGGAAUCUGCGGGUGCAUGGCCCAGACAUCCCAGACAUCCCAGAGGCUCCCUGCACCCCGCCCUGCACCCCGCGUACCCCACGGCAUACCCCACGCCAGACGAAGCAGGUUCUGUGGGUAGAGCUGUCACCGGAGAAAGAUCCGACAGAGUGGAAGGAUAAGAUGGAGGACUGGGCACAGGACUGGUGUAUCCCACACCCUUACCCCUCUUGUCCUCCUUGUCCCCUUUGCCCCUUGCGUGAGCAUGGAGCCAGCAUGGACGACAUGUUUGACGUGGAUCAGCUCUUGGAUCUCAUGGAACUUCCAGGCUCACAAGGCCUAGACAUAAGUAGCUGCUUCCCAAACAAGCCGCCUUUGCUCGCGCCGUGGCUCGAGAGAUGCCCGCCACCGCCACUUGGGCCACUUCCUGCCCUGUCAACUGAGUCGCACUCUCCGUGA